CAAACAGGUAUUCAUUUUUUCUUAUUAUUUUCUCUAUUAUCGCGUUUAUUUGUGCAAAAUAACCAAUCUCUUUUUAAUAAACUUGGUUUAUUUUCAUGAAACACAAGAUACGUCACGACCGAAAGCCAGCUCGACCUUAAAUGUACAGUUUUGUUUUAGGACGGAGGCUUAUCCUUCCUUGUCUUUCAUGGAAUCACUCAACACCUUCGAGUCCGAGAUGGAGACAGACGGCCAGGGAAGCUAUGCGCUGUUUCCAGCUUUGGAAAGCAUUGCGAGCCUGUCUGGAGCUGCGGAAACCCUCGAGAGUGAACCCGCGAAUGAAAUAGCCGAGAAACCAAACCUCACUUGGCUUGAUGCUGCUCAGAUCGUCCUGGAGGAAGCUGGACGCCCCAUGCACAUAAAAGAAAUCAAACAGAGAAUCAUCGACAGGGGGCUCGUUCAAUCCAAUGCAAAAUCAAGCCUGGAAGCUGUGAUGUAUCGUGAGACUCAAAAAGGCAGCAGGAGGUUUAAGAGGAUUGAAAACAGGAACGGAGUCUUUGCCUUACUGACUGAUGAAGAGCGGCAGCAGGCUCUGCAGGCCUUCACUUCCCAAGCUUUCCUGGGAUCGCCGCAGACGAGUGCCACGUCCAGCUCGGGCUCUGGUGCCUCCGUGGCGGCCUAUCCGGCGCUCUCCGCGUCUUCUGAGCACAGACCCAAGAUGAAGAGAGGUCUGCGGAAAACCCAGAGCGAGAAGUACAGGCUCAAGUACUUGAGGCUACGCAAAGCUGCGCGGGCCAUGAUAUUUGAAAACGCAGCUCUCUGCGAUGAAGUCGCUCACAUUGAGGAGAAGUUCCUGAGAGCAAAGGAGGAGCGCAAGUUCUUGUUGAAGACGCUGCUCCAGUACCAGUCUGUGCCAGAGGGGGACAUCCUCCCAACACCCACCUCCAGCUCGCUUCCACCGGCGCCGUCCGUGGCGUUGUCCUCCGGUGCUUCUGGGCCUUCAGGUCUGACCACGACCCACAGCUUCAUGUCGUCUGCGUCGACCGGAGAAGAAGCGCUGCUCAAGAAACCCAAAAAGGAAAGAAAGGAGCGAGGAAGAGAAAACGGAAGAGAGGAAGGUCCAAGAAAAAUGUCAAAGAAGAGGAAGCUGGCAGAUGGGUCGCGGCGGCUGGUGCAGACCAUUCCUCUGGAUUCGUCAGGUCGCCCCGUCUUUCCCAUCGUCCUCGGGGGUUUAACGGUGUACAGUCUGGGAGAGAUCAUCACAGACAGAGCCUUGUUCCACGAUGAGUGUGCCAUCUACCCCGUGGGCUUCUGCAGCACUCGCAUCUAUGCCAGCAUGAAGAACCCCGAGCAGCAGUGUCUCUACACCUGCCAGAUCAAGGACGGGGGGGCGGGUCCUCAGUUUGAGAUUGUGCCUGAAGAAGAUCCGCAGAACGCCAUCGUGGCGUCCUCCGCUCUGAUGUGCCAUUCCAAUUUACUCAAAGCCGUUGCAUCUAACAGCUCCAAGCCUGUUGCUCCAGUCGUCCCAUCGGGGGCAGACUUCUUUGGCUUCUCUCAUCCCACCAUCCAGAACCUCAUCCAGAGUUGUCCUGGAGCUCGCAAAUGCAACACCUACAGGUGGAUUCGUUUUGAUGUGUGUCGUCCCGGCGACGGCCAGGUGCCUCACAGCCUGUCGGAGGACGACGCCUCCGUCAACUUUGAAGCUUUCCUCAGACAUCAGAGCUUUGAUGUGAACAUCAAGACAGAGCUCACCUCGGGUGACUUUCACCUUCUUUGAAAGACUUACUCCAAUGAAAAUGGCCAGACAUCCCAGUCUCCGGGUUUUUCCCAUCAGCGCCAGCUCACCUCGCCCAGCAUGAAGCCUUCAGCCUCUUAUUUCAGCUCCUGAGGGUCACAGCAGCCACACAUUCCAGCGUCUCUUCCUGUCAACCCAAUAUUAAAACGGGUUGUUUGAGAAACGCCACUCAUUUUGUAACUGGAUUGUAGAAAAAUUUACGUUUAUUGCCAUGAUUAUAACUGAACUUCAGUAUGUAAAUAAUAAAAUACCCUCCUGGAAGAAAAAUGA